AUGAAGAAGUGGCUUGACUCGAGCCGCAAAGAGCGAAAGGAAACUGAGAACCUGAAGGACAAAGGCAAGGAGAUCAACUGGGAUGAAGACAUGCUGGAGCGCAUUUCUGCUCUCAAGAAGAUUCAAAAGAAGAUCGCUUGCCAGAAUGGUUUCGGCCACGAGGUUGGCAACAGCGAAGCUAAGCUGGCUGACGCUGUGCACCUCUCGGAACAGAACAUUGGCGUGACUAUUGACGCGGCUGUGACCGAGGAGGAUGUGGUAAAUUUGAACUUGAAGAAGAUGAAGACGGACAAGGCGUACGUGCUUAACAUCAUCCACUUCAUGGACCAGGAAGAGGCCAAAGCAAUUCGCAGUACAGCAGCCGACACCAAAAGCCCACACUCUUUCUUCAAAGCCAGCCCGCACCACGUCGCCAAAGUCGGCACGCACUGCGUCGUCGAAGAUGGCCCGCAGGAUACCGCCGGCCCCGUCAAAGCAUGUAUCACCGUCCAAGUUUUCACCAACACCACGCCUUUCCCAGCACCGGCAUCUAAGCCGCGUCCUGCUCGGGCGACGCUUCGGUCAGAGGAGUUCUAA